AGCCAUCAUUGUUAUUGUAUUGUGCCAACUAAAAUGGAGUGGUGUCGUGUGAGUAAACAGAAGUCAUGGUUGUUGAUGAUAUUGAUGAUACAUACUUUCAUGGUUUGGCAAACACAGAGUGUUUGUAUAGAAGAUGAGAGAAAGUCACUACUCAAACUCAAAGCUUACCUUUUUGAUUCAUAUGGUGUAGACCCUCUCCCCACUUGGGUUGAUGACGGUGGCACCCGCGAGUGUUGUGAUUGGGAGAGGGUCAUGUGCGGCACAACCACCGGGCACGUAACGAACUUGUCUUUAAGCAACAUGAUGGGGAUGGCAGAUAACACGGGGAGGGUUGUUAAACCUUGCGAGAGGAUGUGGUCGUUCAAUGUCUCUCUCUUUCUUCAUUUUAAAGAGUUAACGAGUCUCAAUAUGUCAUACAAUUGUCUUGAUAACAUUGUUGUGAACACAGGGCUUGAUGGAUUGUCAAGUUUGAAGAAGUUGGAGAUAUUGGACCUCAGCGAUAAUAGCAUUGGAAACGACAUCUUUCCUUUAUUGGGUGCACUGACUUCACUCAGAAAUUUGCGUCUCGGUGGAAACAACUUGGAAGGAUACUUUCCUGCUCUUGGCAUGUUCUUSGUCCUCCCACCUAGUUUUUGCACUUUAGAGGASUUGGAGACAUUGGAUCUCACCAACCUUGCCUAUGAUGGUACCCAAACCAAUCAAAUCCAAGGGUUUGAAAGGGUUUCCCUGUUCAAGAAGYUGAARUUUUUGAAACUUAGGGGUAACGAAAUCAAUGAAAGCUUUAUAACAUCGUUAAGUGCUCUUCCGCUGCUUCAAACCCUUGAUCUUAGUUACAAUUUCUUAAGUGGAUCGUUUCCGGCUCAAGAAUUAGCACAUCUGGCUAACUUGGAAGAGUUGGAUUUAAGUUCUAACCAGUUCAUUGACACAACUAGUAUCCAAGGUUGUUCGAGGUUAUCGAGAUUGAAAAGAUUGAAGAGUAUAACUCUUGAAUAUAGCAAUUUCGACAAGAACAUCAUUUCUUGUUUAAGUGUUCUCCCAUCCCUCAAAACGCUUGAUCUCUCAUUAGGUCUUCAGUCAUCCGGAGGUUUCUUUCCGAUCCAAGAAUUAUCUGGCUUGAAACAGUUGGAGACACUUGACUUGAGCUUUUGUCAUCUUCAAUCAUUGCUAUUGCUAAUAUCAAAUGAAACGCCUCAUUUUAGUGAUUUGAAGACCCUCUACUUGAGUCAUAACUCUUUGAAUGGAACAUUACCAAUGGAAGCUUUGGCAUCUUUCCACGGUCUCGAGGUCUUAGAUUUGAGUUGGAACCAAUUUUUUGGGAGCAUCCCAUCAACAAUACGUACAUUAUCUUCCCUUAGAGUUAUCUCGUUCGCUUACAACAAACUCAACGGCACGUUACCUUACCAUGGGUUAUGUGAGUUGAAGAACCUCUAUGAGUUGGAUCUUAGUCACAACAUGUUCGAUGGAAAGGUGCCUCAAUGUUUCAAUAGUCUAUCAUCUCUUAAGUUGUUGGAUAUUUCUUCAAAUCAAUUCACGGGAUUAUUUGUGUCAUCACCGAUUGCSAAUCUCACAUCCCUCGAGUAUGUUGAUUUUAGUAAUAACAAAUUUGGGGGUUCAUUCUCAUUCAACUUGCUCUCGAAUCAUGCAAAACUUGAGGUAGUUGUAUUCAUAUGCGACAAUGGCAAAUUUGAGGUGGAAACAGAAGAGCCGAGAGGUUGGAUUCCAACGUUCCAAUUGAAACUCCUUGUGCUAUCUAAUUGCAAUGUGAAUAGGGCUAAAGGAAGUGUUGUUCCAGGGUUUCUGCUUCACCAAAACAAGUUGCGGGUAAUAGACUUAUCUCACAACUCCUUGGUGGGGGAAUUUCCAAAUUGGUUGAUWAAAAAUAAUACAAUGUUGGAAGGUCUUAGUCUAAGGAACAACUCGUUUGGCGGUAAUAUUAGUAUGUUGCCAUAUAAGAAUGCUAAUACAAGGAGGUUGGAUGUGUCUGGGAACCACAUGAAUGGUACUAUUCCGGRUGAUAUACAAAAGUUCCUUCCGAAUCUAGGUUAUUUAAAUUUCUCAAGCAAUUCUWUARAUGGUGUUAUCCCGUCUUCAGUUGGUGAUYYGAGUGAAUUAUGGGCACUAGAUUUAUCARACAAUGCGCUCUCAGGAGAAGUGCCAAAGGAAUUGUUUACAGAUCUCUCUUCCUUACAAGUACUGAAAUUAUCAAACAACAUGUUGCGUGGYGAGGUACUUUCAAGAAACKUAAGUGUGGGUAACAUCCAGAGGCUACACUUGGAUAGCAAUUGUUUUACUGGAAAAAUUGAGAAUGAGAUCGGUAACAAMGAUAUUCUUMURGAGYAUUUGGAUAUUAGCAAUAAUUUUUUUACAGGKAUGAUCCCUCRUUGGAUAAGCAACACGAGUGGCACCUCAUUUKCACUUAUGGUGAGAAACAAUACUUUGGAAGGUCGGUUUCCUUGUGGAACAACUUCAUUUUCGUUUCUCGAUAUUUCACAAAAUUCUUUCUCAGGGCCCAUYCCAUCUUGCGUAAAUUUUCAAAGCUUGAAACAUCUUCAUUUGGGUUUCAAUAGAUUCACCGGCUCAAUACCCAAGGCCUUUCAUAGGUUGACUGAUGUUUUGACACURGAUAUAGGCAACAAUUUCUUGUCAGGAAAGAUACCCAAGUUUCUUGGUGAACUUUCCAAUUUAAGGAUUCUUAUUUUGAGAAAAAAUAACUUCAGUGGUUCUAUUCCGAUGCAAUUGUGCCAAUUAAGUAAUGUCAGUUUGAUAGAUUUAUCUAGUAACUCUCUUUCUGGUUCGAUACCUAGUUGCCUACAAAAUAUUACCAYCCCUAUUUACCCUGCUUUCGAAAAAUCCCCAAAUGGGGCAUUGGGGGCUUCCUUUUACCACUAUAUGGGUUAUCUACAUCGUAACGAUGUUUCUUCUACCAUGUACGACACASAAAUGUUUGAAAUGGAAGACGAAGUUCUGUUUACAACAAAAGCUCUUUCUCACGCUUACAAAGGUAAAAUCCUUGAUUACUUGGUGGGACUGGAUCUAUCAGAUAACAAACUAACAGGUGAAAUCCCAAAAGAAUUAGGAUUGUUGACCGAGAUGCACUCACUGAACCUGUCUCACAAUCAGUUGUUUGGACCUAUUCCAAUGCAAUUCUCAAAUCUUAAGGAGAUAGAGAGCUUGGACCUUUCUUCAWAUGGUUUGAGUGGCAAACUUCCAUCACAACUGAUUCAACUUACUUYUCUAGCUGUCUUCAAUGUCUCUUACAACAAUCUAUCAGGUAGACUCCCAGAAAUGAAAGCACAAUUUGGUACAUUUACCAAGGAGAUCUAUGAAGGGAAUCCAUUUCUUUGUGGACCACCRUUAGAGAAGAAAUGCAUGACUACAUCACAAGUGACCGAUCCAUCAACAAAAGAAGGCGCUAAAGAAGGCAGUGAUAAAUGGUAUGAUAUCAAUAUGACAUCAUUUUAUGGAAGUUUUGGUUCAACAUGCGUYGUGUUCUUGUUAGGAUUUUUUGUUGUUCUUUACAUCAAUCCUUAUUGGCAUAGAAGGUGGCUAGACUUGGUUGAAGAAUGUAUGUAUACAUGUUAUGACUUCUUUAAUGGUUUUGUACGUAARUUUUUCAUGCUCUUCCGUAAAUAGGACCUCCUUAAGAAAAUGUGAUAUAAUAAAUGYAAACAGGCUUUCGUAUGUAUUUGUAUUCCAA